AUGGCUUCAGCUCAAGCACAACAAUGCUCAAACUUCGGUAGCUCCCUCGACUCGACUUGUCUCUGUCCACCAGGAUUCAACGUCCCUUCGUCUCAAUGUGAUCUUCCGGUCUGCGGGGGCAACCUGUAUAACCCUGCCAAUGCUGCUCCGGGCGGUACAGGGGGUUUUGGAAAUGUCUCUGCGGGUGGAUGUGGGUGUGAUGAUGGAUGGACAGGACCAGGAUGUUCUGUAUGUACAUCCUCGUCAUCAUGUACUUCUUCACUCACCAGAUACCUCAAUUCAUCCAACUCGCUCUCAUCUUCUUCCACUUCAGCACUCAACAAUACACUGACAUGUUCGACCAUCCCCGUCGUCUAUUCCGCGUCCCAAUUAUCCUGCUCAGUCAUCCAAUCUACCCUCCAAGCGUUAUUCCCUGGCUCAUCAACUGCGACUAUCACCCGUUCGCUGAAUUCGUCUCUUUCACCUGGAGGGCAAGAUACGUUGACCCAAGCUGGUCUGCUGCAUGAUAAUGGACAGGUUCAGAUGCAAUUAUGGUAUGAAGGUGUUGAGCAGUUCUAUUGUCAGGCUACGGGAUGUGCACAGAAUGUCGUAGCAGGUCAAGGAGGAAGUGGGCAUGGGUCGACAUGGACUUGUCCAGAGAUGGAAUGUAAAUGUAGAGAGAAUACCUUGUUUUGCGGUGGUGGGACAUCACCCUCUCAGAAUCUCACUGGGGCCAUUAAUACCCUCGCCGGACCAUUGACCAUAGACUGUCUCGCCUCGAACACAUGCAACUUUAAACAAUCCUUCCUCGUCGCUUUAUUCGGUACCAACGGACUUGAACUCUCUUCAUGCUCGUUUGGUGAAUGUGUCCAACAAUACGUCAUUGACCAAGCGCUUGGUAUCACCUCGACUGCAGCAUCAGGUGAUGGUCUCAGCGGAGGGGUGAUAGCUGGGUUAGCGGUGGUCGGAGCUAUCCUCCUAGCGAUUAUAGGAAUCAUCAUCUGGGGAUUCAUCAUGCGAAGAAAAGCAAGGAGGGAUAUGAAUGCUAAUGGAAGUAUAAGGAAAUCAGGUGGAGUAGGAGUAGAGUGGAAGAAUGUUGGAUAUAACAUUAAGAGUCCCUCGUACACUUCGAGAUGGUCUGAGAACCUGUAUAGCUUCUUGAAAGGUUCAGGGAAAAGAUCAAAUAGUAACACCGAAGUUGAAAAGGCUACUUCUUCCCGCUAUCCAGACAUCAAUCAAGGAAAGAGUGUAUUAGCUGGAUCGUCAGGUAGUAUACUACCUGGAGGAUUCGCUUGUAUAUUGGGACCUAGUGGGGCUGGCAAAUCUACGUUGGUAGAUAUAUUAGCGGGGAAGAGGAAAGAGGGAAUCGUAAAGGGAAGUGUAGGAUUUACACAAGAGGAUGGAAGAGGAAGCCGAGUGAGAGUUGGAUAUGUUGAUCAGGCGGACGUCCUCUCGCCUACUUCUACCGUUCUAGAAACACUGAUCUUCGCUGCUCAACUUCGAUUACCUGAGUCCAUCCCAUCGUCAGCCAAGAUCGAACGAGCACAAACUGUUCUUUCUCAAUUACAUCUCGAUCAUAUUGCCAACACUCGAAUUGGAUCAUCUGAACAUCGUGGUAUAUCAGGAGGAGAGGCCAGAAGAGUCUCGAUAGGCAUUGAAUUGGUCUCUUCGCCUGAUAUCUUGGUAUUAGAUGAACCUACUUCAGGUUUAGAUUCUGUAUCUGCCUCAAGACUCGUUAGACUAUUGAAGACUUUGGCGGAGAGUGGUACGACAAUUAUCGCAUCUAUACAUCAACCUAGUUCAGCAUUAUAUCAGGCUUUCGAUCAAGUGAUCUUGUUGAGUAGAGGAAAUCAACUGUAUUUCGGUAGAGGUGGUAUUGCCCCUAAAGAAUACUUUGAGAAGAAAGGAUAUAGAUGUCCUGAGGGUUAUAAUAUCGCUGAUUACCUAUUGGAAAUUGCAAGUUCGGAAAAUGAUCUUCCUCCUCAACAUAAUGGUGAGAUUGAAAGAGAUUCCAGUGGCGAAACUUCCUACACAAGCAUCGAGCAAGAUGGUAAUGCGAAUCUAGAUCAGGCCAGUGAAUCCCCCCUGAACGAGAAAACAAUCACAUAUCCACCGAGCCCUCGAUCAAACGUAAUGCUGUCUUCUAGGGAUGAUAAUCCUACGGCGACCUUGGAAAGUCAAAGUAGGAUCAAAGACAGUUGGUGGAAGUGGCCUAGAUCACAUUGUGCGACUACGUUCUUGACUCAGGUGGAGAUUCUGAGUGGAAGAGAAUGGCGAAAUCUAAAAAGAGACAAAACACUCCUGGUCGCCCACAUCUUUCUCUCAUGCCUUGUUGGUAUUUUCGCUGGAGGGUUGUACUAUAAAGUAGGAAUUACCAUCGCGGGUUUCCAAAACAGAAUAGGAAGCUUGUUCUUCCUCGGGUCGUUGAUUGCUUUCUCCAGUCUGAGUGCUCUAUACAAUCUCGUAGAAGUUAGAGGAUUGUUUCUGAGGGAAAGGGCGGGAGAAUUUUACUCACCUCAAGCAUGGUUAUUGACCAGAGUCAUAUUUGACGUGAUACCCUUGAGGUUGAUUCCUACUAUCUUAGUUAGCAUAAUCGUUUACUUCAUGGUCGGACUAUCUCACGACGCAGCUCGAUUCUUUAAAUUCCUCUUGAUUAUCGUAGAGUUUUCAAUGGGAAUGACACUAUUCAACUUCCUUCUAGCCUGCCUAUUCAGGAAUGGGGGAGUGGCCAUCCUCCUAAGUUCGUUGUGUAAUCUGUUCUUGAUGACUUAUGCAGGAUUCUUCGUAAAUAUAUCGCAGAUCCCACCUGUGUUGAGAUGGUUAAGGUAUUUCUCAACUUUGGGAUAUACUUUGGAGGCUUUAAGUGUGAAUGAGGUAGGAAGUGGAUUGCAGAUAGUUGAUUCACUCAAUGGCGUAAGAGUCGAAAUCGGAGCUACGAUAAUUAUGCAAACUCUAUUCGGGUUUGGUAUGAAUAAUUUUUAUAGAGACGUAUUGGUCCUGUUCGCUUUCAUAGCUGGUUUCGCGAUAAGUUUGGUAUUCAUUGUCGUGUAUAUACUCAGAGAACGGCGAUAA